AUUCGUCAACCGAGACGACGCAAGAUUUAUUUUAGUUUAGAAAUUAGUCAACGAUCGUAAAGGGAAUAUAGGUGUACGGACGUGCUUUUUCGCGUCACUUAAUCGGGCCAAACUUUUAAGUACUUGCUUAUCGGAGAUCAAGAACUGAAAGAAUGACCCGUGGAAAUCAGCGAGAGUUAGCACGAGCCAAAAAUAUGAAAAAGACUGUUAAAAAAUCUGCAGCUGAGCAAGACAGCAAUAAGGGUCUUUCAUUAGAACAACGAAAAGCACGAGAUGCAGAACGAAUGAGAGAGAAACAACUAAAGAAACAACAAGAACAGCAAGAAAAAGUAAAGCAGAGUGCGAGAUAAUCCCUACUAUUGCAAAAUGUAAAUUGUUCGACUGAAUUCAAGAAUAAAAUUUUAAGUAUGGUUUUAAAAUUCUUGAUUAUAAAACAUCAAGGCUAUGCUUAAUGUGAGUGCAUAAAGAAUUCAUAGUGUUUUUAAUUAUAGAAAAUAUCUUCAGACUGUAUAAUGCAAUAUAUAUUAUAAAACUAGGUACAAGUAAUCAUGUUUGCAGAAUAUUAAUAGUCAGUGUGUAUAAAACUAUUGUUAUCUACAUUGUAAUGAUUAAAGAAAAUGCACAUUUGACUGGUUCACCUAGAUAUAAGGAUAUUAAUUAAUUAAGUAUAAGAAUAUUUAUAGUACUAAUCUUUAAUUUGUAAAUUCAAGUUUUCAGUUAUUUAAUAUGAUGUAUAAGUGAUUCAUAAAUUGUACUACGCGACAUACAUUGUCAUUUUGUUUGGCUCAUAAUAAAUUGUUCAAUUUUAAAAUAAA